AUGACUUUCCUGAAGCAACUUGUAAUCUACUCCACACAUUACAUUCUGACUUUCCUGAAGCAACUUGUAAUGGUAUUAGUUCAUAGAGCCUUAGUGCAAAAGCACAUCAAUAUUGUUGCCAUAAUUGCUCCUAGGCAUCCAGAUCUAGGGCAAGAGAUUGCUCAUGGCUACUCUGAGGAAAAUCUUGAUGGAGGAAACAAGAGUUCAGAGUAUAUUCAUGACAUUGUCAUCAAACAUGCUGAUCGCCAUAACCUUUUGCGCCCUGAAACCCUUGAAUCAUUGUUUGUUCUAUAUCGUAUCACAGAAGAUUCAAAAUAUCGUGAAUGGGGUUGGUCAAUCUUCAUACGGCAUUUUGUACACAAACAUAGCCUCCUUAACCUCCGAACAAGCCCGUACAAUCAAGUCAUGGUGACUAUGGUUCAUGAAGGAUCUUAUUUUCAUGAGGCUCAAUUUGAUUCAAAGAUGAAAGAGUUGCUUUCAUCUGAUGGACUCGUCUUUUUCACAUCAUAUGAUUUUUUUACCCAUAAUGGAUAA